AUGGCUUCCAAGGCUCUAACCAACCAUUCUCUCUCCUCAAAUCCCUAUUCUUCAUUGGCAACCACCAUAACCAAAAUCCUUCAAACCUUCAAUCCGGAUUUCCUCAACGCAAUCCCCCAAAAAGUACCUUUAAACAUCCCAGCUCUUACCCAAUUCUCCCCCCAUUUAAACCCUAAUUUAGUCCUCCAAGUUAUCAAAACCCAAACCAACCAUAAUCAUGCUCUCUUCUUCUUCGAUUGGGCUUCUCGCCCUUCCCCAAACCCCACAAAUUACUUUCACCCCUUCCGUUGUUACGUCACCAUGUUCGAAAUCCUUCUUUAUCAUCGCCUCUUUACCGCCGCCACCCACUUCCUUAACUCCCACAGAAUGCACAGCGAUUUCAUAAUUGCGAAGAUGAUUAAAGCGUGUGGUGCAGCGGGUAAUAUUCGAGGCGCCAUUGGUUGGUUUUAUCGAGCUAAAAGGGUCGAAAAACAUGGGAAUUGUAUUUCCUCGUGUAAUAAUUUAUUGGGUGUGUUGGUUAGGGAUAACCAGAUUAAAAAGGCGGGUGCAAUUUUCGAUCAGGUUGUUACAGAGGGUGUGAUUAAGCUGGAUGUUGUUACGUAUACGAUAAUUAUUAGAGGGUACUGUAAAAUUGGCAGGAUUGAGGAUGCAGCAAAGGUGUUCGAUGAAAUGCAAUGUAGACCGAAUAUGGUAACUUAUGGGACUCUAUUGAGUGGGUUUUGUAAGAAGGGUAUGAUGGUUGAAGCACAACAAAUUGUUGAUAAGAUGAUCACAAACCAGGAUUGUUUGCCAGAUUUGGUUACUUAUACAACAUUGAUUGAUGGGUAUGCUAAGAAGGGGGAUAUGGGAACGGCCAUGGCGUGUUUAGAUGAGAUGAUAAGGCAAGGUAUUGAGCCGAAUUUGAUCACUUAUAGCGCGAUUAUUAAUGGGUUUUGUUUGAUUGGUAAGGUUGAUGAGGCAAAGAAAAUAAUGGCUAAUAUGAGGUUGAAUGGUGGGAAGGAUCACGUUUUUACACAUACAAGCUUGUUAAAGGGAUUUUGUAUUGCAGGAAGAGUAGAUGAAGGUCGUAAACAUUUGGAUGAGAUGAUCACAUUAGGUGUAAAACCCGAUGUUGUAGCAUAUGGAGUAGUUGUGAAUGAGUAUUGCAAGUUAGGAAAUGCGAAUGAGGCAACUGCCCUUUUGAGGGAGAUGGUAGCAAGAGGCACUCAACCUAGUGUUAUUAGUUGCAAUGCUGUGUUAAAAGUUCUUGUAGAAAGAGGAGAAGUAGACGAAGCUGUAAUUUUAUUGAAAUGGAUGCCUGAAAUUGGUCUUGCUCCCAAUUUCCUGUCAUAUGUUAAUGUUAUAUCUAGUCUUAGUAAUACAGGGAUCGCGACAAGGGUUCAACAAGUUGGGGAAGUUGUAGAUUCAAUGCGCAGAGAUGGUCAUAAGCUUGAUCAUAGAACAUACAGUUCCUUAACAAUGAUGUAUAGUAAAAACGGGGAUAUGGAGAUGGCUGCUCGAGUUGUUAGUGAUGCUAUAAGGGAUGGGAAUGUGAUUAGUGUUGAGAGUUUUGCAGUAUUUGUGGAGGGAUACUUUGCAAAAGAAAAUAUUGCUGAGGCUGAACAAAUUGCACUAGAGUUGAUUAAAAGAUCUUCAGCUACUAUGUUGGACAAAUACCUAAAGGUCUUAAAUGAGCUAAAAUGUAAAUAUUUAGAUUGCACACUGUCUGAAGCAUCGCUGUAG